AUGCAGUCACACGUUGUCAUUCUUGAAUACUGUAAAUUUGGCGAUAUGUUCACUCAGCAAAUAAGUUUUGUGAGCACUAAAGGCAAGAAAGUCAAGUACAUGAGACCGCUCAAAUAUUUGAAGACGUGUAUUGAUUUAUUGGAAGCUUUAGAAUGUGUUCACAUGAAAGGUUAUGUUCAUAGCGAUAUUAAGCCCCAAAAUAUAUUAAUUUCCCAUGAAGGUGUUAGGUUAGCAGAUUUUGGUUUUUCUGUCAAACAAGGACAAGCAAUAUUGGGAGGAACUUUGCGAUAUCUACCCCCGAGCACCAUGAAGGACAACCCUCACAUGCCGGAAUUGAUGUGUACAGCAUGUUUUAUUCACUUUUGA